GUUUACUAUAUAAAGUACGUAGCUCUUGCCUUACCAUUAUCUAUAUCCACUCGCCGGAGACUCAUCGGAAUUUCAUUUUUUCUUCUCUCCGAGUAUCCGACCAGCCAAUUUAUUUACCUAGUGAAAAUCAACUCAUCUCAAGUUAAUGGAUAUUCAUCAAAGGGUAACAACCUACGAAAGCGAUCCCGCGAACCUCAAGGCAACCGAAUUGCGGUUAGGGUUGCCGGGGACAGAGUCACCGGAGAAGGAAACAACUCCUUCCAGUCUGAGAAACAACAAGAGAUCUUCGUUGGAGAACGAUGAGAUGUCGUCCGCCCCAGCUCCUAAGGCUCAAGUCGUAGGAUGGCCGCCGGUACGAUCAUAUCGGAAAAGUGUGAUGGAGACGACGACGACGAAGAAAUCGGAGGAGGCGGUGGAAGGGAGCGGGGCAGGAAAGUACGUGAAAGUGAGUAUGGACGGAGCAGCAUACCUGAGAAAGAUAGAUUUGACAAUCUGUAACGGUUACACGGAGUUGGUGAAGGCGUUGGAGAGGAUGUUUAAAUGCAGGAUUGGGGUUUACUCCGAGAGAGAAGGGUACGACGGAGCCGACUACGCUCCGACGUACGAGGACAGGGACGGCGACUGGAUGCUCGUCGGAGACGUGCCGUGGCAGAUGUUCCUUAACUCUUGCACAAGGUUGAGAGUCAUGAAAGGGUGUGAUGUUAAGGGCUUUGCUGCGGCGGCCGGUGGCGGUUGCCGGUGACCGUUCGUUAAUUAAUCAUACUACUAAAAGUUUGUAACCGAUAUAGCGCACGUUUUUAUUAAUUGUACAAAAGAAAUUAAAUACCGGUGUAUGAUAAGAGGUGAGUACCAUAUAUAGCUUAGCUUCUUUAAUUUUGCUUUUUUGGAGAAAUUUGUAUACAGGUAAGAAGUAGACAAUUAUACUACGGAGUAAAGAGGACUGUUACAGAUGGUGUAACGAAGCAAUUAGCUUUUCAAUUUGUAGAAUGAAUGGAAAUGGGUUUUGAUUAAAGCUCUGAUUUUGAUCACAUAUUCUCCUUGAUUUA